GCCAUCUUUGAUGAGGGCAGAGCUCACGUUGCAUUGAAGACGAAACCUCGGCGAGGUCAGGCGCUGUCUUUCCUUCGCUCCCUUCUCUGCGGCUCUUCCACUCUUACAAACUGCAGGGGCCCGGCGAGCACUACUCUCUGUAGAAGCCAAGGUUCGGUGGCCAAACCCAUUACUGAGUCCCCACCCCAGGCGUCCAGCCAACCCCCACCGCUACCAUGGCAGAAGAUGCAGACAUGCGCAAUGAGCUGGAGGAGAUGCAGCGAAGGGCUGACCAGCUGGCUGAUGAGUCACUGGAAAGCACCCGUCGUAUGUUGCAGCUGGUGGAAGAGAGUAAAGAUGCUGGUAUCAGGACUUUGGUUAUGUUGGAUGAACAAGGAGAACAACUCGAUCGUGUCGAAGAAGGCAUGAACCAUAUCAACCAAGACAUGAAGGAGGCCGAGAAAAAUUUAAAAGAUUUAGGGAAAUGCUGUGGCCUUUUCAUAUGUCCUUGUAACAAGCUUAAAUCAAGUGAUGCUUACAAAAAAGCCUGGGGCAAUAAUCAGGAUGGAGUGGUGGCCAGCCAGCCUGCUCGUGUGGUGGAUGAACGGGAGCAGAUGGCCAUCAGUGGUGGCUUCAUCCGCAGGGUAACAAAUGAUGCCCGAGAAAAUGAAAUGGAUGAAAACCUGGAGCAGGUGAGCGGCAUCAUUGGAAACCUCCGUCACAUGGCCCUGGACAUGGGCAAUGAGAUCGAUACACAGAAUCGCCAGAUCGACAGGAUCAUGGAGAAGGCUGAUUCCAACAAAACCAGAAUUGAUGAGGCCAACCAACGUGCAACAAAGAUGCUGGGGAGUGGUUAAAUGUGCCCACUGGGUUCUCUUCCAAGUGCUGUUGGGCAAGAUAGCACCUUCAUGCUUUUCUCAUGGUAUUACCCAGUAGGUCUGCACACACACCCACACACACAUACAUACACACACACACAUCAGCUCGCCCCCAUUGUGAAUGUUGUCUUGUGUCAUCCAUCAGUUUCCCAACAUACUAUGUGUGUUUCGUUCUUUCUGGGUCUCUUUCUUUCCAAAGGUUGUAUAUAGUGGUCAUUUGGUGGCUCUAAUUCCCUACAUAAAGUAUCUUGGGCUUCAGUUUCCCUUUUUUUCUCCUCAGUGGCGUUUGCUGAAUGAUAACAAUUUAGGAAUGCUCAAUGUGCUGUUGAUUCUUUCAAUACACAGUAUUGUUCUUGUAAAACUGUGACAUUCCACAGAGCUACUGCCCCAGUCCUUUCUUUGAGUGUCAGGCUCUGAAACUCUCAAAAUUUGCUGUCUUUGGUUCCUCUUGGCUGUCAUUUGUCUUUAUGAUUUCAUGAUUAGACAAUGUGGAAUAACUUAACAGGCAUUGCACUAAAAGUGAUGUGAUUUAUGCAUUUAUGCAUGAGAACUAAAUAGAUUUUUAGAUUCCUACUUAAACAAAACCUUUCCAUGACAGUAGCAUACUGAUGAGAAUACACACAAGCAUACAACAACAAGAAGCAUGCUCAGUAUUGAGACGCUGUCAAGAUUAAGUUAUACCAGCAAAACUGCGUAGUGUCACUUUCUUUCUGUCAACAUAUAGACUUAUCCAUCAUCAUCAUUUUUUUUUUAAAAAAAAAAAAGAUGGAAUUGACACACUCACCACUUAAUCAUUUCCAGCAAAAUAUACGUUUGGCUGAAACUAUGUCAAAUGGAUGUAAUAUAGGGUUUGUUUGCUGCUUUUGAAGGUGAUGUUUUGGAGAAGGCAAACUUGCUGUGAAACAGUGUGGAGAUGUAAAUUUUGUAAGGCUGACUCUUAUUAUUAAUCACCAUUUCCCCUGUGGUUUGUUAUCAGUACAAUUCUCUGUUGCUUAAUCUAGAGCUAUGCACACCAAAUUGCUAAGAUGUUUAGUAGCUGAUAAAGAAACCUUUAAAAAUAUUAUAAAUGAAUGAAAUAUAGAUAAACUGUGAGAUAAAUAUCAUUACAGCAUGUAAUAUUAAAUUCCUCCUGUCUCCUCUGUUGGUUUGUGAAAGUGAUUGACAUUUUGUAGCUAGUUUAAAAUUAUUAAAAAUUAUAGACCUCAGAUGUCUGCUUUAAUUUCUUUAUGGACCCCGUCUGAUUUUGCACUUACAGGAAGGGAUCCCAGCUGCUCUGCUCCAGUGGUCCUACGAUAGCCAGUUCUGGGUGCUGAGGACACUGUAUGGACAAAAUGGAGUUUACCCAUUAGACACAAUUUUCAAUAGCAGUUGAAACUUGGCUUGAUGUUUAUAAUCUGUCUCAUAAAUACCUAUGUGUGGUUAAAGUGUUAGCUGUUGGCAGAAAUACAGUUCUCCAAAAGAUGUAUUUAAAAAAUCUGUGGAAACAUAUCUGCGAACUCAGACUUGAGCCUGCCUAGAUUCAGAUAUAUUAGGCAUCAUCAACUCUUUAUUUCUCUCUCCAAAAUCCCACCAUCAAAAUUGAGCCCUCCAUGACCCUCCUCCUUUCUAACAACUUUAUUGACAUACUAUGAAAUAUACCCAUUUAAAGGAUAUAACGUCAUGGUUUUCAGUAUAUUCAGUCAGGCAAUCUAACUUUAGAAUAAUUUUAUCACUCCAAAUAGAAACCCCAAACUUAUUAGUUCUCACUCCCACCCCACUUCCAGCAGCCAACCCCCAGCACUAAUUUCUGUUCUGCCUGCAUAUAUUUGUCUGUUCAGAACAUUUCAUAUAAAUGAUAUUAUACAACAUG